CUCCCGUCCUCCGGGAGCUGCCCUGCUGUGGGACAGGUUUGUCCUCCUGGCUGCCUUCCCGCCGGGUGUCGGUCCCAGCGCCGGUGUUGCGGUGUCCUUGCGGGCCCCGCCGGCGGAGCUCUGGAGCGAGCUCCCUGAAGAUGUGUGGCUCAUACUGCUUCAGACUGUCUGGACAUUUGUUGUUUAACUGCUGAAGCUUUCCUACCACUUGUUUCUUUCUUGAAACCUUAAUCUAUUGAGGGAUCAGAAUUGGCUGCUAUGGAAUCAAGACCAACUAAAACAUGAGAAGAUGUAUUCAAGAUGAUCCAACCAGAAGAUUUUUCACUUCAUAGAAAUCUUAUUUUUGUUUAAUAUGUAAUAUAAUUUCACAAAGCCAAAUUCAGUUACUUUUCUUGAAAUUAAGACACGCCUGUGGCCUUCAUCAGAAAUGUUUCUAACAUUUUCAAGAAAAAAUAUGUCCCAGAAACUGAGUAUGUUUUUACUAGUUUUUGGAAUCAUCUGGGGUUUGAUGUUGCUACGCUACACUUUUCAGUAUCCAAGACGCCAAAGCAGUGCUGAGUUGCGUGGACAGAUAUUAGAUCUCAGCAGAAGAUAUGUCAAAGCACUGGCAGAAGAAAAUAAAAAUUUAAUGAAUGGAGCCGGUGGAGCAUCUAUGGCAGGAUAUGCUGAUCUUAAGAGAACAAUUGCUGUUCUUCUGGAUGACAUCUUACAACGCCUGGUGAAAUUGGAAAACAAGGUUGAUUACAUUGUUGUGAAUGGCUCAGCAACAAAUACCACUAAUGGAACUAGCCAUCAGGCACCAGUAACUUCAAAUAAACGUGUAAAACCAGCCAGCAACAUUAGAUAGCAAACAGGGCUGCUUUGUGUUGCUACAUCUGUGAUGGGUAAUAUUUAAAAUAAGCUUUUUAUCUCUGGCUAAGGCAAAGCAGUAGUUGACUCUAAAAGAAGCAUAAACUAUUCUAUUAUACUAUGUGCUGGAUCUGUGUAGGCCUAACAUAUGUGCUUAGGUUCUCAGAGCAUUAUUUCAUUGCCUUUGAGCAGUACUUCUGAAGUGAUCUUUGUUGUCUUUAAAGAUAUUUUGAUAUCAUGAUUUGAUGUAGUAUGCCAUUGGAUAAUAAAACUAUGUGGAAAGCAGUGGGGAACUUAUGGGUAGGUUUAUAAAUAUAUUUAUUUAAGUAUGAAUAUAACAUAUUUUUUGGAUAGGUGAGAAGCAUUGUAGCUUAUUAAUUUUUUGUGAUCUACAUUUAAGCCAAGGUAACUAAGGAAAAUGCGUUGUUAAGCAGAUGUUAGAAAAUGUAUAUACUUAAAAUAUUUUGUUACUUAACUACUAAACAAUAGUAAAUUGAGGACAACAUUGGUGGUAAUAUUUUAAAAUUGUGACCCAAAGAAUGUCUUUAUUUGCACUAUCUGUCAGAAUAGUUAAAGAGAAUUUACUGUAUAUUUAAGAAAAUUAAUUAUAAGAGGAAAAUAUUCUAGGUAGUAACACUGUCCAGGUUUAUCUUCGUGCCAGAGUUAAGGCAGUUAGAUUAUCAAAAGCAAAUCAUAAUCUGUGAUAUCUUAGAUGAUUGUUUCUUACAAAGAUAUUUAAGUGUAUGUAUUUUGUAAUUGCAGAUGAAAUUAUUUAAGUGACGGAAAUAAGUUUUGGAUAUGCAAAUAUGGUUUAUUUUUAUUCAUUGGUGAUUGUUUUAACAAUUUAAUACCUUGCAAUUUGUGAUGAGUAUAGCACACGAUCUCCCUGAAUUGCUUUCUUGAUCAGAAGGAAAAUCAGUGAAGGGAAACAAGGCAUCUCUGCAUUUAACAGAGUUAUAUAUACUGAGGGUGUCUAGUCAUGGAGUAUUUGAGAGGUAAGGUAAUAUUUGCCUUAUGUCUAAGUUAGUCUUACAGCAAAGUGAAAUGCAUUCAGCAUGGAUGCACUGUAUUUCAAAAUGUUCCUGAAGUCAUAUUUAAGUGCCACUGAACCUGUUUUUUAAAUCGUAGUGAAUGUUUGGUGGGGAUAGAGGAUACGUUCAGAGACUUUUGCCAAAAGUGUCCUGUGAGUGGGGUUUUGGGGGUGGGUAAAACCAGAGGUGCUGGAUGAUACACCAUCCAGAGUUAUGUGUUUUUUCUUGUCUUCUGUUUCCCUGCUGAUAUUCUUGAUGGUUAUAAAAGAAAAUACACUUGCAACCUUCAUUAGUAUCCAGAGGAUUUUUUUUGGUCACAUUGUGUGUAAACAUGUACUCACUUCAAUGCAGAAAGAGAAAUAAAUUUUUAAUUGUACUUGUAAA